AUGCAGUUCAAGGCCCUCACCGCUCUCACCUCCCUCGUCGCCGCCGUCUCCGGCCUCCCGACCUUCUCCGCGACCAACGGCACGGCCACCAACAACACCCUGCCCGCCGACGCCAAGUUCCAGCUGAUGGCCCUCCGCUCCGCGUCGCCGGUGCACUUCUCCACCUUCCAGGCCGCCAAGUCCUCCAUCUUCCUCCAGCUGCCGUCCCAGAACGCCACCUGCGACCAGCGCAACGCCACCGAGUCCGCCACCUUCACCCUCGGCCAGGACGGCGGCCUCUACCUCUACGCCGCCUCCGCCACCCCGCAGCAGCUCUACGCCGACCGCUCCGGCAUGGGCCAGGGCAAGCUCGGCUACACCACCGGCGCUCAGCCCGCCCCCCGCAACGGCGAGCGCACCGGCUGGACCAUCGACGCCUUCGGCGACCUCACCCUCGACGGCGCCGGCUUCCUCGCCUGCCCCAACAGCAUUGAGGGCGCCUGGUCCAUCUGGGUCUCUUCUGGUGUCGCGAACCCUGCUGGUAACACCGACUGCCUCGGCAUCUCUGUCCGCGCUGUCCAGGCUGUUGUCCCCAACAGCUGUUCUUACACCUCCAACUAA